CCUUCUCAAGAUGGCGGCGCCCUUCCUGGGCGGGGCUUGCGGCGGCGCAAGCCAAUGGGGUGGUGGCGUUAGGACGGAGCGCGCGUUGCCGCGGCAACGGGCACCGGAAGUGCGUGUGCGCCCAGGGGUGUCGUGGAGCGCAGCGCCGGCCGCUGGAGCCCCCCCCAGGCCCCCGUCCCCCCAUGGCGGAGCUGCACCUCCUGGGCCAGAUCGUGGGGGGCAGCGGCUUCCCCCAGCGCCGCCUCUUCUGCAAGUGGGGGCUGCAGGCGGGCGCCGCCUGGCGGCCGCUCUCGGGCCUCACCGCGGGGCAGACGCACGUGGACGACCCGCAGGCCGAUGACGUCACCUACUGGUGCCACCCCAUCGACGUGCACUACGCCACCAAGGGCCUGCAGGGGUGGCCGCGCCUGCACGUGCAGGUCUGGCACCAGGACGCGCUGGGCCGGCGCCACGUGCUGGGCUACGGCUUCUGCCACGUGCCGGCGGCGCCGGGGCUGCACUCGGUGCGCUGCGCCACGUGGCGCCCCCUAGGGGAGCGGCGGGAGCGGCUGCGGCGCCGCUGGGUGGGCGGCGGCGCGGGGCUGGCGGAGCCCGCGGCGGCGGCGGCGGCCGGAGCCUGCGACCGCUUCCGGCUGCGCUGCGAGGCCGGCGGCAGCGUCCACCUGCAGCUGGGGGUGGUGCUGCGGCACUUCGCGCGCUACGGCGUGUGCUGCGGCUGAGGGCGGCGGCGGGAAACCCCCCCCCCGGCACCGGGCGGUUGGUAUCGCCCCGGGG